CCAGGCGCUGCGGAACCUGGUUGGGUAAGGGGUCGAUGAGGAGGCCGUGGGAGAGGCCGCCUUAGGCCUGGGCGUUGAGAGGCCGGGCAGCGCCAGGGCGGAUGAAGCCGGGAUGGGGAGACGCCCUGCUGGAAAAGGUGGCUGGUGCCCGGCAGCGCGGAGACGGGCCCUGCGUCACCCGGGUGACUUCACACACCUGGUGCCUCCGACCUCCCCGCGGCCCCGCUGCCAGCGCCGGCACUGUGUCCCCACACAGGGCUGGAUGCUUUGGUGGAUGCAGGAGUCUAGUGAAAUAAAUAGCCACCAUGUCGAGCAAAAAGGCAAAGACCAAGACCACCAAGAAGCGCCCCCAGCGCGCAACAUCCAACGUGUUCGCUAUGUUUGACCAGUCACAGAUUCAGGAAUUCAAAGAGGCCUUCAACAUGAUUGAUCAGAACAGAGAUGGUUUCAUUGACAAGGAAGAUUUGCAUGAUAUGCUUGCUUCUCUAGGGAAGAAUCCAACCGAUGCAUACCUUGAUGCCAUGAUGAAUGAGGCUCCGGGACCCAUCAAUUUCACCAUGUUCCUCACCAUGUUUGGUGAGAAGUUAAACGGUACAGAUCCGGAAGAUGUCAUCCGAAAUGCUUUUGCUUGCUUUGAUGAAGAAGCAACUGGCACCAUCCAGGAAGACUACCUGAGGGAGCUGCUGACAACGAUGGGAGACCGGUUUACGGAUGAGGAGGUGGAUGAGCUGUACAGAGAAGCGCCUAUCGACAAAAAGGGGAAUUUCAAUUACAUUGAGUUCACGCGCAUCCUUAAACAUGGAGCAAAAGACAAAGAUGAUUGAAAGAACUUCAGCUAAAACCUUUCAGUUGCUUUGUUUUCCUCCGUUUUAUCUCCUAGACACUGUCCCCCACACGCAUAGACCUGUUGCAUGCAACUUAGUUUCACGGCUUUGCCUCUUUUUUUGAUGUAUUUAUUCUAGACCUUUCUGCCACUUAGCACUUGUAUAAUCAGACUGCAAAUGGGGUUGAGGUUGUAAAUUGUGCUGAAAAAGAGAUUGCGAAUAAAAAUCAACAAAUGUGAAAGCCCAGGAAAAUAUAUCCGGUAUUUCUGGUUUUGCUGGAUUUUUACAUUUUUAUAUAAUAAAAACACUAUUUUGAAAUAAA